UGACAGCGCUGGUUGCGCUACUGCUGACUGGUUCCCGGAAGAACAAGCGCCACAACAACAUUUACACGUCGUCAGGGUUGCCAUUUGCAUUUAGUGGAUCAACAGUUCCAUACAUAAUGUCUUACCAAGGUCCCCCCAACCACGGGUUUCUUCCCUCUGGCAAUCCUGGAUUUCCACCAAAUUUCGGCUAUCCAGGACCAGCCGGGGUUCCUCCUGUAGGCUACCCUGGAAUUCCCUCCAUGGGAGGUUAUCCUGGAGUUCCCAAUCCAAGCCACCCGCGUCCCAACAUGAUGUACCCACCCCAUAUUGGCCCAGCUGUUCCUCCAAUGCAACUAAACCCUUAUCCCAUGGCCACCCCUGCUAUGGCUCGAGCUCCCUUUCCUUCUCCCUCAUACCACCCAGGGACAUACCCCACUCACCUGCAGCAUGGGGGGGUAGCAGGCUACCCCAUCCAGCACCAUGGCAAGCACCACAAGCACCACAAGCACCAUGGCAACAAAUACCCUCUCGGCCCCCAUGGGUACCCUGGAUCCUCCAGUGCCAUGAUGGGAGGAGGCCUGGCAGGAGGCCUGGCAGCAGCCGGGAUGGCACUCGCAGGACACAAGAUGCACAAGAAGAUGAAGAAGGGAAAGAAGAUGAAACCACACAAGGCUUACAAACACAUGUAUGGAAAGCACUCCUCCAGCAGCAGCAGCAGCAGCAGUAGCAGUGACUCGGACUAGUAUCAUCAGACCACAAGGAAGCUGAUCACCUACAGUACCUCAAAGCAGAGAUGAAGACUUGUGACUUGGACUUGAGUCAGACUUGAGUCACAAAUUGAUGCCUUGUUGCUUGACUUGGCAAUAUUAGGAAUGACAUGGACUUGUACUUGACUUGGCUUUGGUAUGACUUGGACUUGGAUUUGACUUGGUCAAAUGUGUCAACUUGUGACUUUCUCCCGGGGGUCUAUAAAGUGACUCUACUCUACUUGACUUGGACUUGACUGGAUUUGAGAAUUACUUGUGACUUGUUAAUUAAUGACUUGGUCCCAUCUCUUCAAAGUUUGAGAUGAGUGGUGGUCAGCAGCCAGUGGUAUUCUGAAUUUGGCUUUAAUUGUUUUAGACAUACAGUGUCUUAAGCUUAUUAGGCUAUUAUCUUGUCUACAGUACAAUAUUGUGUCACAUGCUAGGACUUUGCAUUUUACUGAUUCAUUUAUAUUUUGUGGUGGGCCAUAAUACUACUUUGAUUCUUGUUUGUUUGUAUGUUUCUCAACUUUGCACUGAAAUGUUCAGCUACCUCAUACAUUGAUUUUGACAGUGUCUCCAAUGUCCAAUCAUUUAAGGGCAACACUAUACAAAUCUCACCUUUACUUUUCUACUCAGUGAUUCCAAAAAUGGGCAGUGGGAUGUGAGCCUGUAUUUUUAGUCAGACUUACAGUUUGAAAGUUGGUUGCAAUGUUUACAAAUUCCUAGCAUAUGGGCUCAGUCAACAUAGUGAAAUUGUUUUUAGCACUAUAGAUGUUAUGGACAUUGCAUGCUUUUUGUUUACACAACUGCUACAAAUACACUAUCACCCCUGUUUACACUGUGUAACUACUGGUCCUUAUUAUUAAAGUUUUAGGCCUACUGUACAUUACACUGUGACAACUGAAUUUCUUUUGAGGACUCACAGGUUCAAAUUUUGGAAGAGGAGAAAAAAGGCUACAAAUCUUGACUGUAUUUUUUUUUAUCAGAAAGAUGAUUUGUUUUUACAUUACAUUACAUUACAUUGCAUUUGGCAGACGCUUUAUAACCAAAGCAACUUUCAAAAGAGGACAUAAUCAAGCCAACAUCACAAGCAAAUACAAAGUGCACAGGAAAUCUACAUAACAACAAAUGCAGUUGCAAAGAGGGGUUAGGUUUUUUUUU